CGUGGCGGCCUAUAUCAGCUGUUUUCUCACGUUGCCAUCUGUCAUACUUGUCAAAAUAAACCCCCCUGAAAAAUUAUCAAUGUUUGUGCUUUAAUCACCCAUAAUUUCCGCCUCGCGCAAAUAAAUUACGUUAAUUUAUUCAAAGCAAUUAUUUUCCGAGCAUCCAAGGUCGCUCUCUGUAUGUUUCAUGUCAGUCUGACUCCCAUCUCUAAUGCGAGCCCCCCAAAAUGGCAACAGCUGAAGUCAACUGGAGGGAAGAAAUUCUGACCAAAUUGCAAAAACGGAACAAGAUUCAAACCCACUGCUUCCAGGAUCUCAUAGCACAACAUAACAAAAUAUUCGACAAUGUGAACGCUCUAAAACACGAGAAUUUGCAACUGUCGAUACAGAAUGAGAAGUUGCGGGUGGACGGGGACCGCCCCGCGGGCGGGGGCGGCGACAGCCGCCUCCACGAAAAAAUACAAAUUUUGGAGCAGAAGCUGCUAAGCCAGCAGGAGGAGCUCACCGAGUUGCACAGGCGGAAAGGGGAGAAUUCGCAACAAAUAAUCGACCUAAACGCCAAAUUGCAAGAGAAAGAGAAAUUUCUAAUGGCCAGAGACAUAAGUUUGGCCGAAAACGCAGCCAAAAUUGCGAGUCUUCAAGCGGAAAUCGCCCUUUUCGACCGAAAUAACAAGGAGUUGAAUUUGCUGAAUGAGGCCCUUAGGGACGAGCACCAGGCCCUUCACCUGGCCUUUACGUGUCUUGAGGACAAGAUGCGCAAGCUUCAGGACGAAAAUAGACAAUUACUCGACCGCUUGAUGAAGUACAAAACGAAAGACGCCGAUAGAAUGAAUGAAGAAAACGAAAAUUUCCUCAACGAUGGCAGCAAACAGCUAGUGCGCAGCACUUUCGGCCGUUUCAGGAAAAGGUUUGCCAAGAUGCAGAAGGAGAUCGAGGAGGCCUGUAGGGACACCAGGGGGGUCUCACCUGAGGACUUACAAGAGGGGUACGGACCCGUCUGUCAGUCGACGAUCCCUACGAAGGCCAGCGUCAAAUUUGACGCGCACGACGGCGAGGUGAACGCCGUGAAGUGGAGUCCGGUGGACCGGCUGGUGGCCACAGGAGGCGCCGAUCGCAAAGUGAAGCUUUGGGAGAUAUCCAAAGGAGCUUGCGAAAGCAAGGGCAUGCUGGUGGGCAGCAACGCCGGAGUGAUGGCUGUCGACUUUGACGCUUCUGGUACAAUGAUUUUGGGCGCUUCUAACGAUUACGCGAGCCGAGUGUGGACAGUGGCGGACCAGCGUUUGAGGCACACGCUGACUGGACAUUCUGGCAAGGUGAUGGCGGCCAAGUUUCUCGGCGAAGCGUCCAAAGUCGUCACCGGCAGUCACGAUCGUACCCUUAAGAUAUGGGAUCUCAGAAGCAGAGCCUGUAUAGAGACCAAGUUUGCGGGCUCCAGCUGCAACGACCUAGUGAUCGUGGACAGUUCGGGUUCGACAAUAAUCAGCGGGCACUUCGACAAAAGCAUCCGUUUCUGGGACGCUCGAUCCGAAUCCAGUGCCAAUAACAUCCUGUUCAACGGCAAAGUGACAUCUUUAGAUUUAACUCGAGACGCCAAGUAUCUGAUCUGUUGCGUGAGGGACGACACGCUUAAACUUCUAGAUCUGAGGAUGAACCAAGUGGUGAAGUCGUUUAGUUGUGAUGGAUUCAAAGUUGGUUGUGACUGGACCAGGGUCACCUUUAGCCCUGAUGGCCAGUAUCUGGCUGUGGGUUCCGCUGAUGGGAACGUCUACAUAUGGGGGGUUAACUCCGGAAAGGUGGAGACAGUCUUGAAGGAGCACUCAUCUCAUGGCCUCUUCUCCAGGUCUGCCGUGACAGCUACCGGGUGGCACCCAUACGGAACAAUGCUAGCCAGCGUAGACAGAUCAAAGAAGGCUGUCAUAUGGAGCGACAUCUAACUUGUACAUAACCAUUCUUUAAAGGUCGGAUAAUAAAUUUAAGUUACAAAAUCUAGUCUUUAAGAUUAACAUCACGUGUUUAGGGUUCUGUGGGAAGGUGGGCAAGCCACUAAUUCUGUUGUACUACUUUUGUUAUUCGUCUUAUAAGUGUUGUAAUUUUUUAUUGCGACCACGAUAUAUAUAUUUUAUAAAAAAAUAAAAUUUUGCCUUCUGUAAUGGAAUUUGCGACCAUAAAAGUUACUUUUCUA